AUGGCAAAGACACUGGAGGAGGCGCAGCUGGGAGAUGAUUUCAUUCCAUUAACAUUUGGAAGCGAGGAUGAGCAGGAUGCGCAGGAUGGGAAGAAUAGGAAGGAUGAGAAGGAUAGGGACACGGGUAAAAAGGCGUCUUGGGAUCGCGAUGACGACAGGGAUAGGGAUAGGGAUAGAAACAGGAGGGCGAGGUUCGAUCCAAACGAUGGGUAUAUGACCAAGAAGGAGCGAAUGGAUGCUGCGAGCAGGAAGGCGCCUUGGCUUGCGGACGUGGAUUGGGAAGGGUGCACAAAUGUGGCCCAGCUGUUGCAUAGAGAAGUUGAUGCAUUCGUGAGAUAUAUUUCUCCAACCCCGGUGGAGGAUGAGAUCCGGUCGCUGGUCGUGCUGCAGAUCCAACGAUGCAUAUCGAGUAAAUUCCCCGAUGCAAAAGUCAGGUCGUUCGGUAGCUACGAGACCAAACUAUAUCUUCCUCUCGGUGACAUCGACCUAGUGAUCAUUUCGAAAUCUAUGGCCUACUCCGACCGUGUCACGGUCCUCCACGCCGUCGCAAACACCCUUCGGACAGCAGGUAUAACGGACCGCGUGAGCGUGAUCGCGAAGGCGAAAGUCCCCAUCGUCAAGUUCGUAACGACCUUCGGCCGAUUUGCGGUCGAUAUCUCAAUCAAUAUGUCCAAUGGUGUCGAGGCCAUCAAUAUCGUGAACAACUUCCUCAACUCUGCCUCCCUCUCCGGUAUCUCAAACCCUACAGCCACCACAACCACCACAACCUCAGGCCCCGACUCCAACGCCCCCACUAACUCGAUUACCGCCGCGAGCAACCCAAGCUCGGCCCUCCGCGCCCUCGUCAUGAUCACCAAAGCCUUCCUCUCUCAACGGUCCAUGAACGAAGUCUUCACAGGCGGACUUGGCUCCUACGCCAUCAUCUGCCUCUGCGUCUCCUUCCUCCAACUGCACCCCAAGAUCCGGCGGGGCGAGAUCGACCCGUCGAAGAACUUGGGCGUGUUGUGUAUGGAGUUCUUCGAGCUUUAUGGGAUGUAUUUUAAUUAUGAGGAGGUUGGGAUCUCGGUUAGGGAUGGGGGGACUUAUUAUUCGAAGAGGGAGAGGGGGUGGGCGGAUUGGGGGAAUAAGGCGGGGUUGUUGAGUAUUGAGGAUCCGGCGGACCCGAGUAACGAUAUAUCGAAGGGAUCAUUCAAUAUCGGACGGGUGAGGCAGACGUUUGCGGGCGCACUGAGUAUCAUGACGGCGGCUGCGCAUCAGCAUGCUACCGUCCUUUCUGCACGAAGGUCGGGGCGGGCUGUCAACUUGAGGGGAUACGAAGAUCCAGCGGAUAUGAGUAUCUUGUCGAGCGUGUUGGGCGUCACUCAGGAGGUAUGUCUUUCUCCUCCCCACCCCUUUGUUUGCCUUCUGUCUCUCGUGUUUUCGUGUCAUGUGGGUGCGUGA